AUGGAGCCUGAUUUGGAAUUUAUGCCUCUGCCCAAUUUGCAGAUGCUCAACAACAGCUUGGAAAAGCUUAAGAACGAUGCUGUGUUGAGGUUACACGCAUUGCAAAAGGUAAACCAUGAUUUACUGACGGAUAACGCUCGCCUACGCCAACGUACACGUGAUCUUCUACGACAAAAACGUGAACAAACACAACAACCGGGUCGGUCAUCUGCAGCUUCACGUUCUGCUGAUUUCUCUACCAUUGGCAUCGCCGACCAGAAUGCAGCAAGCGGACUCAUUGGUGUGUAUGCCAGAACUCGUAGGAAGGAACCUAUCAGUAUCUUGGUGCAGCGGGGCCCCGACUUUACCGCGGUGGUCGAGACGCGAGUAUGUCUCACCGAAACCCAGCUUAGGAGUCACUUCCACGCUGAACCAUCCAACUUACAGUACAAAAUGAUACUGAUAGAGACUAAGGAUGGUGUAGUAGAGAAUGCGUCGACAGUGGUUACACGCAAUGCUAAGGUUACGCUUCGUAAGCUGCAGGCAGUGUACCACGUAACUGUGCAUUGCACUGUACCGAACUCCGAACGCAGGCUCACGGCCGAAAACAAGUUUCUCUAUCAAAACUUGCCAAUGGCACAGGAGACCCCGCCGCAAGAACGGCCUGCGGAAAUGCAACAGGAACAGCACACACCCAUUAGCGUAGGGAACGAGGUGUUCUCACUAAAUGUACAAGUUGGCGUUGAGGAAUACCUCACGUGCAGCUUUGUCGCUGGAGACGAUCCUGGAGCUGCAGCACGGCAGUUUGUUGCGCAACACAGAUUGAAGCCCGUUUUGCUCGACGGUCUGAUCACAGCACUAGAGCAACUGCAAGAUUCCGGUGUUACAAUACGUAACGUUGAUGUAUCCGAUCUGUUAUAG